UCAGCCAGAUCCAGACACAUCUGCUGCCACGACAAUGAAGCUCCUUAUUGUUCUCAGUGUCCUGCUUGCAGUCUCCAGUGCCGAAAUCCUUUCACGAUGUCAAGUUGUUAAAGCUAUCAAGGAUUCUGUACUGACAAAAUUCACCCACUACAGCGUGGCAGACUGGGUGUGCUUGGCCGACCACGUGAGUCAAUACAACACAAUGGAAAUCGGUCAUGAAACACGGAAUGGAGAGGCCUGGGCAUCACAAUAUGGGAUCUUUCAGAUCAGUAGCAAGUGGUGGUGUGAUGAUGGAAAAACUCCAAACUCAGAAAACGGCUGUGGGAUCAGAUGUACUGAACUACUGAGUAAUAAUUUGAAACCUGACAUUGAGUGUGCUGCAAAAAUAGUGGCUUCAAAAGGAAUGGAGGCCUGGAACAGCUGGGUCGAAAACUGCAAAGGUAAAUGGAUCAAAUAUUACUCCUACUUUUGCUUCUGAUAAGGAAGAGGACAUCGUGUUGAUGGGACCCUCUCGCUUUGAAAAAGAACAUAGAACAUUAUAUUGCAGUACAGGUCCUUCGGCCCUCGAUGUUGCACCGACCCGUGAAACCAAUCUAAA